GUACGAUUGGUGUACCCAGCAUAGUCAUAUGAUCAUCAACCAUCCAUCAAAGGCUUCGCAAGAGAACGGGAAACCAACAGUUAUAAAGUUAGCGCAGUAAUCUCGCCUGGCAGUCAUACACAACUACAGCUCGAGUUCAGAUCGCAGAGGAGCCCAAGAAAAUCAAUAAUAAAAUCUAAAGCCAUGAAGGUGUUCUUGCUAUUGGCAGCUGUGCUUGCCGUCGCCCAGGCUGUUUCGUUCUUUGAUCUCGUUGGCGAACAAUGGACCUCAUUCAAGUUGAGUCAUUCGAAAAAAUAUGAGAGCAAAACUGAAGAGAAGUUCAGGAUGAAGAUCUUCAUGGAAAACUCGCACAAGGUAGCCAAGCACAAUCAGAUGUACGAUAUGGGCAUGGUGUCCUACAAGUUGAGCCUGAACAAGUGGGCCGAUAUGCUUCACCACGAGUUCGUGCACACCGUAAACGGAUACAACCGCAGCACCAACGGCCUCCUCAAGAACAAAGGCUUCAAUGAAAAGGGCGCAACAUACAUUUCACCUGCUCACAUCACUUUGCCCAAGGAGGUUGAUUGGAGGGACGAUGGUGCAGUCACCGAAGUCAAGGAUCAAGGUCACUGCGGCUCUUGCUGGGCCUUCAGUUCCACUGGUGCUUUGGAGGGUCAACACUUCAGGAAAACCGGAAAACUUGUGUCGCUCAGCGAGCAGAACCUCAUCGAUUGUUCCGGUCGCUACGGAAACAACGGAUGCAACGGCGGUCUAAUGGAUUACGCAUUCCAAUAUGUGAAAGAUAACAAAGGCAUCGACACCGAGAAUUCCUAUCCGUAUGAUGCUGAAGACGAGAGCUGCCGUUACAAUCCCAAAAACUCUGGAGCCACUGACAGGGGAUACGUUGACAUCGAAUCUGGAAGUGAGGAGAAACUGUUGGCCGCACUCGCUACCGUCGGACCUAUCUCAGUUGCCAUCGACGCCAGUCACGAAUCGUUCCAAUUGUACUCGGAGGGUGUCUACUUUGAGCCCAGCUGCAGUUCGGAGAACCUCGACCACGGCGUUCUACUCGUAGGCUACGGCACCGAUGAUAAGGGUCAAGAUUACUGGUUGGUCAAGAACUCGUGGGGCAACACCUGGGGUGAUAAGGGUUACGUGAAGAUGGCCAGGAACAAGGAUAACCAUUGCGGAAUCGCCACCGCUUCCAGUUAUCCUCUGGUCUAGAUAUAGUGAAUAAGACAUGAAAGAAUUGUGAUCUACUAUUAUUAUUUCCAUUAAAUGUUUCCUUAUGUUAAGUCUAAUUUAAGCCUCCUAUUAUUUCGCAUGUAAAUAUUAUCGGGGCACAAACAAAUUAAAUCUGUUGUUGAAUCUA